AUGAAACACAUCGGAUUUCUCCUGUGUUCAAUGGCCGCGGCCAGCAUUCUGGCAAAUGCAAGUGAUGUGAACCCAGAGCAGGAGCAGACUCGAACAGUGCUACCCUGGCUAUAUCUUCUGGGGCUAUCGGCAGGCCAGCCGCAGAUACCCCUCCUAAGACCUCAAGAUGAGACACCGGCCAUUGCGAACAGUGCCAUCAUAACGCAGCCCCAGUCCGAUGAGAUACCCAACUCUGAGCAAUCCAACAACGAGGUACGAGAGCAGUUCCUGCAAGGAAUUCUUCUGGGCUUACAGCAGCCAGGAUCCGCCACACUUUCGCCCGCUGUUCUGUCAGACUUUAUUGCUCAGGCCAGUACAACCACUCGAAAGCCUGCAGUUGAAAAAGAUGCCGAUGGAGUUGAUACCGAUGAGGACGUUGACUACAUAGACUUCAAGAACGGGUCGCGCAUCAAAUACGAUUUGGAUGAUGUCGAGCAGCCGGCUAAUAAAAUUCUGCAGCGGACUACCAACCGUCCGGCUCCGAAUCCGCAGCAAAGCACGGCCCUUUAUUAUAGACCUCCACCUAGACACGUUUACUAUAGACCUAUAUAUGGCACUACGCCAUAUUAUUAUCGAGUUGCCUAG